AUGUUCAUCGGCAUCGUUCUAUUUAUUCUCGUACUUCCCAAUUCCUAUACCGAACCAAUAAAUCAGAUUUUGAACAACGAACGCCUCAUUCGUUCUUCAAAUGCUUCCGACAUCGACAAAAUGACGAGCGCUCAAUUCUAUAACGCUUCAAACUUUUCCGAAUUAAAUGUGGUCGAUGAUGAUGACCCGCUAACGAAAGACUCAACAAAUGAGCAGCAAUUCGAGACAUAUACCGAGGACUACUCACCAGUCACAAACAGUCUUCUACAAGACGACAAUGAAUUUGGCGGAUUGAUCUUCCAGUACACAGUGCCGCAGGAAGAUAACGCGAUGUUGGAUCCUCAGCUGACCGAAAACAUCGACUUCAACAGUCUACCGCCUCCUAACUUCGAACCAAUUGAUGGUGCUAUGCAAGAGUUAAAAAUUAUCGACGAUCCAUCAGAAGCCGCAAAACAAUGCGAUGAACUAUGGACCGAUGACGAAGGCUCAGGCUUCGAAAAAUUCAAGGAUCAGGGAGAUAAAGAAGGCAGGAGUGGUGACGUUGUGUUCUCACCCACUCCAAAACCACAGCUUCCCGUCGAUCUGGAGCAGAAACAGUUCAACGAAAAUGUUCAGUCUGGUCUCAAAGGAGAAAGAGGAGAGCCAGGACCGCCUGGAGUGUGCCUUCAACAGUGUCGUGAUGGAAUGCCGGGACAGAGUGGCCCCGUUGGUCCUCAAGGUCCUCAAGGUGUCCAGGGACCACCUGGCCCUCCUGGACCGCCAGGUGAACCAGGCUACGUGCACCAGUCGAUGUAUGGUGGUGCUGAGCUGCAACCGAUUCCUGGACCGCCAGGUUUGGCUGGACCACCAGGGCCACCAGGUCCUCAGGGAAUACGAGGUCCGCGAGGUGAAACUGGUUAUCCCGGACGAGAUGGACGUGAUUUCCGUGGUCUUACGGACCGCGACAUCGAACUAAUUGUUCGGCACCCUAUGCUCAAGAGAAUCAAAAAUCUCUUGUCUCGAGCAGCGGCGGCUUCCAUGAAAUAUGACCAGGUGAUCUCGUUUCGCAUCUCAAAGUGGUACGACACAUACAAAGAUCAACCAGAAUCCUACUAUGCCAUGCCAAACCGCUGGUUGCUUUGUGUCUGUACUACUACCCUGAUUGAAUUAUGA